ACCCCUCCUUCCGUACCAGCUUAAUCGUGUAUGGGGGGGAAACCACUUCCAGCCCUUCCAGCCAUCGGGCAUCCACACUCUCAUUCAAACUCCAGCUCGGCACUAACGACUCUCUCUAUUGAUGCACGCGCCCAUCGCGGGUUGUUCAUCCGGACAGUGGAACAAAUCAAGGACGGGAUGACUCGAACGAGAAAGAAGCAUGGGCAGCUGCUCUUGAGGAUGCCCUAGACGGCCUCAGCGAUGCCGUAACGCGGGGCAAGUGGCUAGCCGGUAUCAGGAGGAGGAGGCGACGGACCCCGCAAUCACAAGCGCUUUCGAGAACACCUUCCAACGCAGAAUCCGACGACUCUAAGGUGCUUGCUGAAAAGGUUGUCUCCAGCAGUGCUACCGCGCGAACCGCGUCGGCAUCCUCAAGUCUCUCGUCCUCUUCUCAAGGCACUCCGACCACUCCUGCCGCUCCUGUAUCGUUCCCUACAGACGCUGCAUCUUCCGCGCUGCAUCAGAUCCGUGAACUCGUUGCUCAACCUGAUAUCCCAAACCCGAAUCCUGUUCCAAAGCAUCUACUGUUAUGUGUUGCGCCGCAGGGGCAAACCACGCCUCGCCUUCCAAGAGAGGACGUUGGUUUCGAUAUCAUUCCAUCUGCGCACCCGAACGUGGGAUGCACCUUUACUGCCGCAGUAUUUGUCAUGCCUAGGGAAAUUGAUCAUGGCAUGGCGACGAACGAUUCGGCAACGAUACUGUAUGGGCUGGCCGAGUGGGAUUCUACCUCUGUGCAACCAAAUACGAAGUUGGUUGGAGGGACUUUCACAUUUGCGGGCGUCACGUCGCCGUUGCAACACCACGCAUUGAGCAAAGUCCUGAGACUAUCAGUCUAUAUGCAUCUUUCUUUAAUGCUGGAGCAACAUCUUCUAUCCAAUUCCGGGGUGGCGAUUACUUUUCCUGCACCGAAGCCGCGAGUGUCGAUAAGCACGGAACCGUCGCCGGCACCUCAGCAGAAUUCUCAGACCCCCGAAAGCGUAUCUUCUCGCAGCAGCCGCCGUCAGAACAACAUUCUUCCGGGCAUCCUGUCUUUCUUUUCGAAGAAGAACUCGUUGCAUCGAAGUCACUCCAUCGCUUCUACUCACCGGAGCGGGAUGUCGCUCGAUCUUUCGGCACCAGAUAGUGCGCCUGCUUCAGCUAUUCCUCGCUUGUCCGAAGAUGGCGGUAGUCGUCUGCGAAGAUUUUCUUUCAUGGGCGAUCCGCGAACAUCAUUCUUCCGUCCAUCAUCACCUACGACGCCACCUGCAGUCGAGCCAAUACCCUUACCAUUUACAUCCGUGCUUGCCAUGCUAAAUACCGCAUCCCCCAGUCUCUCCUCCUCUGCAGGAAUCCGUGUUCCUCCGCCACGAUUGAUCGCGGAUCUGGCCGAACGCGAGCAGUUGGCACCCGGACGACGUCUGAAAGGCGACGAGAAAGCCGGGUUGUCGAGUAUCCUGGGUUGGGAUCCCAGGGAACGCGAUCGAGAAACCCGAGGCAAGGCUCUGUGUGGGUCACGUGGCUUUGCGAGGAUGCAGGAGCUCAGCGCGCUCGUAUCCAGACACGUGCCAGCAUCUAGGGAAGACCAAGAUGGUGAAUGCUCCCAGCCCGUCUUUGCAACUUGCGAUCAGCCAAAGUGGACCACAUACCGGCAUUAUUCGAGGCAUGAUGUUGACCAAAGCUUGGGCGAUUCAGUGCGCAGCUUGGCUGCCAGUGCAGCAGAUCCGUGCCAGAAGCCCGGCUGCUCUUGGAAGCAGGGUGAUCAUGUGAUGCGUCUGGUCCACGGUGGGAUGCGCGUUGACGUCAAAGUUCAAGAGAGCACGGGCGACCGUGACGAGAUUGAGUCGUGGCUCAGCUGCUCGAUAUGUUACAGUCGGUCAGAGAAGACCGAGAUGAACGAUGGGGCACAAUUGUAUUCAUUUGGGAAGUUCAUUGAACUGCUCAUCUACUCCCCAGCAUUGUGCAGGCCAACACCGUUUCUGUGUAUUCACACUACUCCCUCAAAGGAUGACAAGGAGAUUCUACCGAUCUCCCGCCUGUACAUUGUCCGGCAUUUCCAAGUUCAGAAUCGCACCGUGUCGUUUUCGCUUUCUAUGAUCGAUGAUAUCUUCGAAGUCCGUGUUCCGAGGCUACAGAUCACGCGUAAAUUCGGGGACAAACUUGGCAAGCACGACUCACAGUCGACAACUACGUCUGUGAUGGUCAACGAUGCUGAUGAUGAGAAGAGAACGCUGAGAAGGGAGAUCAAAGCGUGGUGGGAGGGGAUCGCUGAUCACAUGGACCAACUGGAAACUAGUUUGAUGGGCAGCACACUUGUCGGAUUCCGAAAGGCUUUGCCUCGAUUACCCUCUGUGGACGAUGCAUACGACGACUCUGCUAGCGAGGCGGAAACAGAGGAUGAAUUAGACGCCCUGACACCGAGGACGAAUAAACCUUAUCCCAUCACCGGGCUCCCUCCUAGCGCCCCAACCACUCCGCAGAUCUCUCGGGCAGCCCAGGAGUACUUCCCUGACUCUGUACCUUCCUUCAGCAGGGCUGCAUCCGACCCGGUGCCGUUACCUGCUUCGGCGUUGAUCGCACCGGGCGCUGAUCCCAUCGAAGUGCUCGGUACGAUGCGGCAGACAUUCCACCGCACGGAGCAGGAUCUGUAUAGCAAACUGGGUACCACGCCCGUCUCUUCCUUGAAUGACGUCCGGCGUACAUUCUUGGGCGCUGCGAGAGGUGCCGAGAAGAGGCUGAUGGCGUGGCAAACGAAACAUAUUCCUGGCAGAGGCAAGAGGAAGGUUCAGCCGAAGAUCCAGUCGGUUGAACCCGAGUGGUGGAACAGAACGUGUCAUGUUGCACCCGGGUGCGAUGUAAUCAUUAGGGAAGAUGACUGGGGAAGCAUCAUUGCGUUUGCGAUGAGCACGGCGGAUUAUAGACAAGAACUAGCAUCUAUGUACUAUAUCAAGAACAACUCAACCUCAGCUGCAGCGGCCGCAGCAGCAGCAGCACUAAAUCCCCCCAUAAUCGCACCCUCAUCAUCAUCAUCAUCCUCGUUCUUCUCUGCCAAACUUUUCGCCAGUCAUCAUCUUGCAGAACCGGAUCCAGACGUUGAAGGCACGGUUUGGUAUGAGCCAGAAGAAUAUUCGGCCGUCAUUUCGCGCAAAGAGCAUCCCCGAGAUGCGACGUCCCUGCUCUCUCUCCGCGAAGUCCUGCGGCAAAAGUCUCCAACACUGGAUGGCGCGUCUCUCGUCAACACCGUUAUUCCCGGGGGGUCCCGGUUUGGAAGCCUGGGAAGUGCAGCUACGAAGGGGUCUUCUUCUGUCUCAAAGGCCUCAGGCUCGUCUCUUGCACCACCAUCGGCAUGGUCUAAGCCAGAUGUCCCACAAAUCACCCGCCACGAAGCGGGCGGCGAGGUUAUUCCCCUCGACAGCGAGACAGCGGGAAAGAUUCUGCAGGAAAUUGAUGCGGCUUCGGUGUCGGAUGGUCAUUCGACUUCGAGUUCUCGGCCAGGGUCCUCCAUGUCUGGUAGCUUUCUGGCCUUCGGCGAUACGCACAUCCGCCGAGGGAAGGCCGCCAGCAUCAUUUCAGUCGACAGCGACCAUACCAUUGGCGGCAAAGAGGAUAAGGAGAGGGAUAGAGACCAGGAUGAACGAACGGAGCCUCAAGUUGAUCUAUCGACAGCAUCGCCUUCGACCUUCACAAACACGCUGACCAAUGGGCUUUCUAGUGCGAUGCGAUACAUGUUGAAGAACAGCGAGAUCCCGCGUCCCUCGAUCUUCUCCAAGAACCACCACGGCCUGCUUGCCCCUGCCGAUGCAUUUGCGAUUGACGAGCGACCGCACAUCAAAUACGAUUGGACUGUCGGGAAACGACUCAAAUUCAGCUGUACGGUGUAUUACGCGAAGCAGUUUGACAGUCUCCGCAAACGGUGUGGGAUCGAGGAUGCCUUUGUGAAGAGUCUUUCGCGGAGCGCAAAUUGGGCUGCUGAAGGCGGCAAGAGCAAGUCCAACUUUUGGAAGACGUCGGACGACCGUUUUAUCAUCAAAACAUUGGUCAAUGCUUGGAAUGUCGCCGAUUUGCAAGUCUUGAUUGAGCUCGCGCCGUCAUACUUCAAAUAUAUGGACGCCACAGCAAGCAAGGCGACGGUGCUCGCGAAACUCAUUGGUUUCUAUACAAUCGAAAUUCGAAAUCUGGAAACAGGGAACGUCCAGUCCAAAGCUGAUCUGCUGGUCAUGGAGAAUCUGUUCUAUCAGCAGACCGUCGACAAGACCUUCGAUCUCAAAGGCAUCCAGGGGCGCAAAGUCAAGUCCACGGGGAGCAAGACCUUGUUCGACGGGGAAUGGAUCGAAGGUCAACAGCGCACGCUGACACUGGUCCAACCGCAUUCCAAAGCCGUAUUGCGGGAGGCGAUUAGAAGCGACGCGGAGUUUCUGGCGAGAAGCAAUAUCAUGGACUACAGUCUGCUGCUUGGAGUGGAUAAGGAGAGGAAGCAGAUUGCUUGCGGGCUGGUCGAUACCAUCGGCAGUUAUACCUUUGCCAAGACACUGGAGUACAAAGCGAAGCAAGGACUGAACUCUGGGAAGGAGGUGACUGUCAUCCCGCCCACAGAAUACCAGGAGCGGUUUGUCAGUGCACUGGACGGGUACUUCCUUGCUUGUCCAGACAGGUGGUCCCGCCCGGCGGAUGAUAGACAAGUCAUUGAUGAUCCAUGGAUGCUGCCCAGUGUAUUGUAGCGGGUGAGACCACUUGGACUUUGUAAUAUUUGUCUAUGCAUCAGUGUAUCCAUGACAUCUGUAGCCAUUCGACCUUCAGAUAAUUCACUUGGCAGAAGCAGGACGUGUGUCAGUGGAAAGUAACGUCGCGUUCGGAAUCAGG